AUGGUGUACCCCGAAGCAUCCCGCUGGGGAGCGCCCGACACGCUAGCGCCCCUCUACGAUGACGUCUACCGAGCGGAUGGCGUGCUGUCUACAGUGAAUGUGGUAGAGGCGUUGCAGGAGUUCUGGCAGGUGAAGGCUUCGAGGAACGGUGGUGCAGCAGCGGGCAGCAGCGGCGCCCUCGUCAUAUACGACUUUGAGAAUUGUCCCACAAAGGCCGAAGCUAGACGUAGCGCAGCGAAGAUCGCUCUAAUGAACAGCGUCUUCAAUGAGCACGAGUCACGGCGUAUAUCUGAACACUUCAUUGAGAAGGCGGUGGCGGAGGCGCGUGCCUCGUUCGCGGGCGACGCUGCCUCCCACCACCAGGACCCUAGUGCAGGGAUAGCUGCGUUUAGGUUUAUGCUAGAAGCAAACAAAGGUCGCACGAUGCUGGAGUUCCAAGAACUGAUGACGGUGUUCCAGCUGCUGCACUGGAACGGCUCUCUGAGGGCGAUGAGGGAGAGGCAGUGCUCGCGCCAGGAGGUGGUGGCGCAUUACUCCGCGCGCGCCUUGGACGACGCCAUGCGCGAACAGAUGGCCAGGGAGUGGGCCAACAGAGAGAGAGAGUCCACCACAGGAGGCGGCGUGUUACGGAGUGAGUUGGCGCGCGCUGAGCUCGAACUGCGAGCGGCGCGCAUCGCAGCCAGGGAACUUCGGUUCCCGAAGGAGAAGCGCGACAUAUUACUACUGGCUGCCAGCCAGGUGCCUCCGCAACAGCAACAAUGA